AUGCUGCUGGUCUCAGCGAUGGUGAUGACGAUGGCGGUGAUGAUCCUGCCCAUCCUGGCGCAAGCGCUGCGGCUGAAUCGCCUUCACGCCGACUGCCGUGCUCAGCAAGCUGCGCCCAAGGCCAAACCUGGGAUCCCCGAGGGUGCUACUGAGGAAGGCAUUGCUCAGGAGCAUGAUUCACAAUUUCCCUUUGGCGCCGAUGAGGAGGACAUUCCACCAACGCAGCCUGAAUUCCAGUACCCCACCCCAGAGAAGCCAAACGAAGAAGAAGGGAAGGGUGAGGUAGCAGGUGGGGAGAAAGCAGAAGAGGCAAAAGAGGCAGGUAAGACCCCUGAAAAAGGUAAGGGGGCAAAGGUGACCCCUGAGGCGCGUGAGGAAGAGGUGGUCCCUGAGGAUCUUCCCAUGAUGACCCGCGAGCAACAGCAAAGCUUCAAGGAUGCCAAGUCCAAGGUUGCAAAAAUGGAUGAGGCCAACUUAGUGCCGGAAAAGAGGAAGCGUUGCCAAGCCCCAGCCCUGAAGCGGCCUGCGGCUUCGAAGGCCUCCAGGUCCAAGAAGGACACUGCAGAGAGGAUUGAGGAUGAGCCAGACAUGGCUAUGCCGGUUGAACCUUCUGAGGUCAUCGAAGUUGACGGGGGUGAAGGAAUUCAGCCUCUAAAUCAUCAGGCAAGGUUCGAGGAAGCUGCUGAAGAACCUGGCAGUGGUGCCAAAACCACUCCUUCCAACAGGCGUGGCCGUCAACCAAAAGCCAAAGCAUCUCCCAAAUGCAAGGCUUCUGCCAGACGUGCCAGGGCUGCAAAGACCACUCCAGGUGGAACGGCAUCUCCGAAGUUGAGGCGGCCCAGGUCGACCACGCCACACAAGGCCACCCCACCCAAACGCAAGCCCGGCGCCAAGGCCAAGAGCAAGGUUGAGAAGGAGAACCCCCAGAAACCAGGUGACACCAACGAGCCCAAGGGUGAUGCUGGGGCUGGGGAAGGAGAGGUGAUGGGAAAGAAAACUUUUGCAGGGAGAUACUGCCCAAAGGGUGGGGAUGCGAAGUUGAGGUGGGAUUGCUUGAAGGAGGUCUACGUGGGAUCAAUCCAACCAAAGGUUGCUUACAGUGUGUCGCUCUUGGAGGUCAAGUGGUGGAACUUCGCCUUCCAGAAUCUGAAGCAAGACUCCAUCCAGACCCUGGAGCAGUACAUGGUCCUUGCAAGGGCUCAGGUUCCUAAGUUCCUGAAGCGCGACGAUGUCCGUACUCCGAAGCCCUAUGCCAAGUCGCGGACCACUCUUCCUUGCAAGCAGGGGCAUAGGCUAUCGGUGAUCCUCCUGUUGCAGGCUGCGUUCCAACAGGUGGUGGUGGUGCUGGCCCCACCCUGCUCGACUUGGGUGGCCAUCAAUGUGGACACCACCAUGCCCGUGCACACGCUGAUUGCAGCUGCACCGUGCACCUCGUGGGGGCCAGCUGAGUUGGCUCCAGUGGUGCAAUACCUCAGGGGUGUCAAGCAGCUUCGGUUGCCGGCGGAAGCGCUCGAAGCACAGAUUGCCGAAGCCGAGACUAUCCCUGGUGAUCUAAUGGCAGUGGCUUCUCCUCAGCAGGCAUUCCAGGCCUUGGCAAGGCAGCGGAUUGAAGCGAUCAAGAAGCACUGCCGCUCGCAGCCACACAAGUUGCUGAGGAGGGACACCUACCAAAAGGUCACUCUCUACUAUGUAGAGACGGCAGUGAAGGGAACCUACAAGCAGCGAUCCCGGGUUGAGAUCAAGAAGCGAGCUCGUGUCCAUGAGAGGGGCAUUGGGAAUAUGUCCCUGGAACCUGAGGGCCUUACGGGUGGUGCUUCAGGCACUGCCGAAGCUGGAGCAGGUGGUGCCGAGGAUCUCACCAAAUCUGAUGAUGAGGAGGGCGACCAAGAGGCCAAGCUGAGGAAAAAACUAGGAAUUCCUGAGAUGGACCCGGAUGCUUUGCCCAGUAGUUUGAUCGACAAGAAUGCCAUUGCCAAACGCAUGGGUCAAGUAGCGAAAUCCAAGACCAAGUUUGCGGAGGUGAAAGAUCUCACUGAUGUCCAGAAGCUCAGCGCAGCUCUUCAAGCUUCUGUGACCUCGCUGGAGGAGGUGCAUCAGGAACUCGCCACGGCUUACUCAAAUGGUGUUGUCCAGGGCUUCAAAAAAGAGCUCCUGCGGCAACGCUCCAUCACUUUGCCACGACGGCAAGGGUGGAGGCGGGACCUCUUUCACAACACUAAGCAAGGUGUCUUUAGAUACUUUGCAGCUUCGUGCAUCCUGUUGUUGGCAAAGUUGCACUACUUUGACCUCAGUGGGCAAAGCAAUGCCCGGGACACUUUGUUGAACCGGGCUUACUCACACUUCAGGCUGUUCUGCGAGACAACAAGGCGUAUUCCAGCGUUGAGGAGUUUUUCAUUGUCUUUCUUCAACAGCCCCACCUGGAACUCUUUUGGGUGGAUCAACUGCAAGGGCAGUGACACGGCCCAUGUGCUAGCAUGGAUCCAUACUAUGUUGGUCGGCUUUGUGAAUGCACCUUUGAAAGCUGAACAUUUGCCAGUUCUCAAACAAAUGAUGGCUGCAGCCUCAGCAGCUCGAGAGUUUCAACGAGUUUGCUACAGCCACAACCUGUGGCUCAACAAAGAGUGUGGUGCGUACCUGUACAAACAGAUGCAUUUGUUUGUUCGACACUAUAACGGAUGUGCCUUUUUAUCGCAGCACCAAUGCCAGUACACGGGGUUUGCGCUGACAGCCAAGUUCCACCUUUUGUGUCAUGAAAAGGUGGAGAUCCGCGACACUCGGCCGACCUCGGUGCCCCCCGUUUUGGAGACGACCAAGCGAUGGCAAGGCGGCUUCCGAUUGCUGCCCGUGUACCUCUUCUCGGCAGUCGAGGUGACGUCGGUGGGGGGGCACCGGUUGGAGGAGCGCAUCGCGCGCGAUUUGGCCAAGUUUUGCUCGUUUGGCUUCUGCUUGGUUGAGGUUCCACCAAAGAAGGCAAAGGAGGAAGACGCGGGAGUCAAGCUGAUCAAGGGCAAAGUGACACUUCAAUCACUGGGCCUACCAGAGGGUUGGAGCUCACCAGACGCCUUGGUCACUCAAAAGCAGGUAUCCCGUGUGUGCCCUUGGGUGGACAAGCCUGUCGAGUGCAACAGCUUCUGUCGCUCAGUCAUCAGCAAGCGGAUUGAGCAAGGGCUUAUCCACCCAGUACCUUCCAAUUUGAUGACUGUGGAAGAGCUGCGGGAGUACCCCACCAAACCGUGGGGCCCUCAAACGGCACCAAAGGUGCAUGCAUGGCUGCAACACGAGCUGGUGGAGGAUGAGCGACUUGAUUUGUAUGCUGUGGUGGAAGAGCGCCGCCGAGAGCUUGAAGUAGCACAGAAGCGGUAUGAAGAUGCAGCCGCUGAGUAUGUGCAGCAAGCACAGGCGGAGGCUUGGGCUGCUGAACUGACAGCGCAAUUUGAAGAAUCGAAGCAAGAACCGAAAGAAGAAGAAGAAGAAGAAGAAGAAGAAGAAAAAGAAGAGAAUGUGUCAACGCAAGAUGUUACACUGCCACCGCCGCCUAUGAAGAAUGAGCCAGCAGAACAUGAACAGGCGGCAAGGAGAAAAAAAGUGCCAGCACCAAAGCCUAUGCCAGCGUCGCUGCAACCUAUGAAUGAACAAGAUCAAGAGGUGGCAGAGGAAGAGUCAACAGAAAAGCAUAUGCCAGAGACUAUGCCAGCACCAGCGCCAUGUCCGCCUAUGAACACGCCUGCCAAAGAUGACUCCAAAGAUGCUGCUGCCACAUCAACACAGAAAACAGUGGAAAAAUUGGCGAAAGCAGCUCGGCGUGCUGACGCGCGCAAACAAAUCUCAGAAGCAGGUCUUCCUCAGCCGCCUCCAGUGCCAGAGGAGAAAGACUCCUUCUGGCGGCUGGAGAAGGCUGUCCUCUCAGCAGAGUUCUUGAACUUCAACAUGCGCAAGCGUGCUUUGGAGGUGGGGAGCCCUUGUUUCAUUGCCAUUGUUUGGGCAAUGCUUCAAGAGAGCGAGCUAGAGGAGUCCAGCUCCAUUCACAUUGUGUGCUGCUCAAAGCGGCCACGACUCAUCAAGAAGCGUGAUGACAAGAUCCUUCAAAGGGCUACGGGCAUGGUAGAGAAGGCGCUGCCACCUGGGUCGUUCUGUGAAUAUUUGGCCAUGCUACGGAGAAAGCAUCCUGGUCUAAAGUGCAGUUACAAGCUCUUCACCACAGCUGCAGCCUCAGUGCAUGUGUGGGAGCUUCACUUCGGUGAUGUGUUGAAGAUUCGUGGCAAGAACCAGCACACAAAAUGCUCUGUCUGCAUACGUUUCAAACUCAUGGUGCGCAAGCUGGCCAGAUGCACCGCGGCAAGAGCAAAGCAGCUCAGGCUUCUUGAUGAACACAGGCAAAAGCAGUACUUGGACCGGACUUGUUACUGGCACUCACGCUCUCUUUCUCGAAGCCUCUCAGCUUCCUCUACGCCGGGCACCAUCGUAUGCAUUGUCGACUCGAUGGACGCUGCCAAAUUUGUUUGGCCGCGAGCGCCGUGCCUCGCGGCCAAGGAGUUCGCCCGGAUGAUCCGCCCGAAACUCACGGCUACAGCGAUCAUUUGCCAUGGGCAUGAUACUAUGGUUCACCUUUCCGUGCCAGGUGUUCAUUCUGACAGUUCCCGCUCCAUUGAGCUGAUAGCCAGAAUGUUGGAAAGGCUCAGGGAGCGCAAUGUUGAUGUCCGCGGAUCAGAGCUCCUGAUCCAGGGAGACAAUGGACCGAAGGAGAUCAAGAACAAUGCCCUGAUCAGGUACGUGUCCAUGCUCGUAUGCCACGGAAAGUUGAGACGCGCGGAAAUCCGCACGUUGCAAACAGGGCACACGCACGAGGACAUUGAUUCUCUGUUUGCAAACUUUGCCAAGCUGUUGGAGCAGGAUUGUCAGCACACUCCCUUCGAUUACAUCGACGCUUUGUCCGCUUACCUUGCCCGUGGUGAUGUCAGACCAAACGAACCUCACUUCCAGGUGGCUAUGGUGGACCAAGUUCGUGACUGGAAUCUAGGUACCAACGCCAGCCAGGAUGCUCGCCGUGAAUCCUUUGCCGCGAAUGACAAGGUCACCAGCCACGCCAGCAUUGACAAGUACUUGGCACAUUGCUUGCAGAAGGAGGCUGAUGGAAAGGAGUUCUACAGCUUUGUGGAGCUACAGUUCCCAGCCGAACCUGGAGUGAAGCUCGGAUAUUUGCAAGCCCUCAUGGAGUCCACUGUGCCGCCGGCUGACUUGGCUCGCGUUGGCAUAUUCAACAGCUGCCUGACCAAGUGGGGCAAACAGGGAUUCCUCGACUGCAAAUACCUCACAGAGAGAUAUGAGAAGGGCAUUCGUGAAGUACGCCGUUUCAUGAAUUCUCGUGUCAUGGGCAUCGACGAGGGUAUUGAACUGGCAUCCCUUGUCACUGGUGGCAACGACAGGACGAUGGACUACUGGGAGAUCAGCUUGAACUUUGCUGAUGAGAAUGCUCAUGGCAAUGACAAACGGCGUACAUCACAACAAUGCUUGGCAGCCAUCUCAUCGAGCCAGAAAGUACAGCAGCGUGGUGUGGAAGGGACCCUGAAAGUCCUUGAGGCGUGCGUGCAGGGCAUGAAACUACCUGAAGAGACAACUGUCUACGUGUUCGAUCUUUUGCCAAACCAAUUUGGUGAGUGGUCCAGGGCAGUGUGGCAGCUGCAAAAGGCAGAGCUUAGGAUCAAAGCGCAAUGCUCAUGUUUGAGGGAGCCUUCGAUCACCAUUUACAUCGUCGACUAUGAGGUGUGGCUGGCAAACAGCACAGACUCUGAAGUCACUCUGGCGGCCGGUGACCUCUUCGGCUUUGGCGUUGGUAGUUUCAAGGAAAUUGCAAAAGGUGUAGCUGCAGCGCGUCCAAAGGAUUGUAUUCCUUGGCUGGUGUCAGAGGACAUCAACAUGGUCCAGCUGUGCGGGGAGAACAACACGAAGCGCAUGCAGUGCAUUGCAAAUGUCAUGUGUGAUUUGGCUGCCAACAGUGGGUUGAUGCAAGUCACCAUGACAGACCAUGACAUGGAACAAAUGGUCAAGGAGCUUGAUGCUGCUGUGUCAGUGAUGUUGCAGCAAGUGAUGUUUCAAUCAGUGUAA